AGUUGAACGGUGUUUAUGUGAAGUUGGGAAAAGGACAAUCUUAGGACCCAUUCGAGAGGUUUUAAUAGAGAUUAGAAUAUAAUAAAAAUAUAGAAUUUACAUUUGUGUGUUUGUAAUAGAGUAUCUUCUGAUUAUGGAACUGGAAGCGAUUCAAGCAAAGCUCAAGAUUGCUAUUCAAAAUCACCAGACAGUUGUGGCAAAGAUGAAGCAAGGACCAGUGGAUUCGGCUUUGCAGAAACGGUUACAUGAACUUCAGGAGGAGAUUAUGACUCUCUCUGAAAAUCAGAAGCAAAUAGUUCAAAACUUGCGCAAGGAGUUAGUAUCUAAGGGCAUCAUCACCACGUUUCCACAGCCCGCCAAGUCGCCCAGUCCGAAUCCGACAGCCACGAAGCCAGUUGUCUCGGCUGCCGUCCCCCUUCAGGCACAGUCAAAGAAUCUCUUCAGCAGAAGCCCACACCUUGCAGCCUGCCCUGCUAACAGCAGGGGCGCGCGGCCACCGCCGGCCCACACAAUGGCCGCAGGGGGCGCCACGAUGCACAUGAUCAGAGUGCCACAUAUCAGCAUUGCGAAUAGGACGCCUCCGCCGCUCGUGUUUCAGGGACACUCGGACGCGCAGCAGUUGCCGACUGCAUGGCCGCAGGGUUCGGUACGGCACCAACAACUCUCGGCCCAGCUGUCUGCGUCCCCGAAACCUUCGCCACAGCAGUCUCUGCACCAGUUGACCUCACCACAACUGUAUGGGGGCAGGCAACCCUCACUUCAACAGUCUGCGCACCAGCUACCCUCACCUCAGCAGUCAGUGCACCAGCUGCCCUCACCUCAGCUGUCUGCACACCAGUUACCCUCACCUCAGCUGUCUGCACACCAGUUACCCUCGCCGCCACAUCAGUCCGCAUGCAGGCAGUCCCCUCCGCAGCAGUCGGCACACCAGCUACCCUCACCACAACAGUCUGCUCACCUGCAACCCUCACUACAGCUGUCUGGCCACCAGCUGCUCUCGCAACAGCUGUACGCACAACUGAAAUCCUUACCAAAGCCAGCUAUGCAUCAGCGCUCCUCACCGCAGCAGUCCGUGCGUAAGCAACCCUCGCCGCACCAGUCCGCGCAGCAGAAACUCUCGCCGCAGCAGUCUCCGCAUCAAAUUGCCUCGACGCAGCAGUCUGGGAGCAAGCAGUCGUCGCCGCAGCUCCACGCUCACCAGCAAUCUUCCCCGCAGCAGUCCGCCACAGCUCACCCGAAGCCCUCACUGCAGCAUCUCUCGCAGCGGAGGAGGUCACCGCAGCAUGUGACGCGUGCGCUGCCGUCGCCGCAGCAGCAGCUGUCACAUCAGCAGCAGCAGCAGCAGCAGCAGCAGCACUUUGCCGACACUCUGUGUCAGUUCGCGUCUAUGUCACCCAAGCAACGGUUACCGGUGGCGACAGCCAAAACAGCAGAGCAAUCGUGUGGGAACAAGGAAGGCUUCAUGGCAGCCAUUGGCCUGAUUACCCAGAGUGCACUUACCGAAUUGCAGGCAAGGAAACUAGAGCGAAAGCGUCGAAGUACAGCCAAUCCUGCCUACAAUUACCCCUUUGAACCCGGUCAGAAGAAGGUUGUGAAGGGAUAUAUGCUUGGUUCAAGUCCCAUUGCAUCAGCAUUCAAGAGACCUAGAGGACGGCCGCCCCGGAUGAGCUCGCCACACGGCAGCCAGCCGACGACGCCCGAUCGUGACCCAUCGCCUGUCAACGGCAUCGACAACAGUGCCUUUGCGUACGAGAACGGGGCCGCGACGCCCACUGCCGCAGCCGCCGCCGCCCCCUCCGCCGCCACUAACCACCCUCCUCACGAAACCUCCUGUGCCACGUGUGGGCGCGGUGGUCAGCUACUGCCGUGCGACUCGUGCACUAAGGUCUAUCAUCUGCGAUGCCUGGACCCGCCUCUCUCCUCUGCUCCUCGCGGCAUGUGGGCAUGUCCGAAGUGCAAGCUGAUGAAUCGGUCAAGUCAGCCAUGGACAGGAACACUAGCCAUUGUCCACUCUUACAUUGCUCACAAAGCAGGGAAAGAGGAAGAGAAACGAAAGCUUCUCAAAAGAUCAGUGGAGUUGAAGAGUGAGCGACAGCAGUUAGAACUCAGGGCUAAGCAACUUACUAGUCAAAUCACCGUAAGUGGAGCCUUGUAAUCACCUGGAAGCUUUGUUACAUUAACAGCAAUAUACAG